AUGAUUCCCUCGCGGACCUCCUCCUCGAGUACCCUUUUGCCCACUUCACGAGAGUCGGACACAGCCUCUAUUCGCCCACGCAACCGUCGCCUUCUUACCACACAAGACGGUACCGGGUCUCCUUCGGCAUUCUCGAGCCCGAGUCGAACUCCUAGCCGGGGCGCUUCGCCGAUACCGUCAGCGCAUAUUGGUUCUGUUACAGGGAGGAACAAUGCUGGGACCGACGUUGUGCCUGGCACAGCCCCGUGGAAAGAGUCCCGGUGCCGGCCGUCGGACUCCUCGACGGCUCGUGGACCUCGAGCUGGGCCUCUGUCCAGGAAUUGGCGUCAUCGCUACUCACGGGCGGGGGACCGGGGGUUGGUCGGUGAAUUGCAUCGCCCGGGCAGCAGGGAUGGAAGCAGAGCGAGGAAGCCGACCAGGCAGUCCAGUUACCGGGCGGAGAAUAGGAUUGAGACCUGGGGUCCGCAGCCCCCAAACGAGGGAAGGCCGAGUGCAGGCGACAUUGCUGCUGGAUCACGCGCAGAGAGGGAGGCCACCUUGAAAGCUAUGCGCACGGCAAGCGUGUUGGAAAGCCACGAGGGUGUUAACGGAGGAUUGGACGUCGCGAGAAGGUUUAAGAAACGAAGCUCGGAUGAGGACCUGAGGAACACCUCGCAGAAUCAUCAGGAGACGGAAGCGUAUUUGGCCUACAUCCAUCACGUACAGGCCACAGACACCUAUGCAGGUGUCGUGCUGAAGUACAGGUGCCGGGAGGACGCAUUUCGGAAGGCCAACGGGCUGUGGUCGCGGGAUAAUAUCCAGGUGCGGAAGUGGUUGGCAAUGCCGGUGGAUGCAUACUCGCACCCGCAUCCGAUCGAGGUCGCACGGGUUCCCCGAAAAGCCCUUGGUUAUUUUCCCCCGCGCCGGAAGAAAAGCGUCUCCACGGUCUCCACCCCCCGAGCCUCGAUGGAUCACCCCAACGCCCCGGCCUCCGAAUCAGCCGUCGACAGCCCCGGAAGCAGUUCUUCCCGCCGCCCUAGCCUCCUCACAUCCCGACGCCCGUCCAACAGCACCACCACCUCACCCGCCAACCGGCGCCGCAUAAACAGCACCGGCAGCGGCACCAGCGCCAGCGCCGACGACCCCCGCCCAGCCUGGAUGCGCCGACCCGGCGGCGUCGGCUCCCUCGGACGCAACGUGCGCGCCCCGGGGCCAGAGCGUGACUACUUCAACACGUGGACCAACAAGCACCUCCCAGGACUCAACAUCGACUCGCUCCCAUCCAUGUCGGUUAUGGGCUCCGAGAUGGCGCGCUUCGGCUUCCUGCGCGCCGCCGACAACCCCUCGGUUGCCAUCGCCGAGAGCCCCAUCGAGGACGGACGCGACGCCACCUCGCACACCACACAGCAACCGCAGCACCAGCAGGGCACGAGCCUCGACAAAGGCCGCCGCCACCGUCGAGACGUGGCUCAGGGGCGCCUUUGA